UGCCACUCUCGGCACUCAAGCAACUUCCACAGCUUCCCACCUCCUUCAUCGACGCCGCCAGCUGGUUCCCAGCUGCAACUUCGCACACACUGAGGCACAGACCUGUGUGUCAUGUUUGUGCGAUUUGUUCUCGCACCUGGCGACUUGUGCGAGCGCGCCAUUUAGUCCCUCUCUUUUCUUUCUUUCCGCAAGCACGAGGGGCGACAAACAAUACCCGGUUUCUGCUGGGCUGCACCCGACGACCGCGGGCGGCACAUCUCACCCACGCACGGCUCGACGACUCGACAUCACAAGGCAUUUCUGCUCUACUCGACGCAUACUUUCAUGCUGCCCUGGGCAUAAGCUCGAGGUCGGAAGCUGGGGAGGAUGGCGCAGCAACAGCAAGUCGCUCUUGAGCGACUGGAACACAUCACGCGAGGAUUGCGGUCUCGGUGGGUAUUUUCGUGCUCUUCAAUACACCGAGAUUUCUGACGUCCCAAGCGCCGGAGACGAGACGCGGAAACGCGCAGCGAUACAGUUGAGAGACAUGGUGGUCGUUUGCCACAGAGACUUGAAUCAGGAACAGUUCAUCGGAUUCUACAAUGCAGUAAACAACAAGAUCACUCAACUCAUCACACAUGGGAGCGACUCGGCGGAGCGCCUGGGUGGCAUUUAUGCCCUCGACGCGCUCGUGGAAUUCGAGGGCGUCGAUGUGGCAAUGAAAUACACACGGUUUACACAAAACCUCAAAACCAUCCUUCGCGGAAAGGACAUAAAUCCCAUGCAACCGGCUGCCGUUGCCCUUGGGAAGUUGUGCCGGCCUGGUGGAUCUCUGAUAUCCGAGCUCGUCGAAUCUGAGGUGAACACGGCCCUCGAAUGGCUGCAGAACGACCGAGUGGAGGAGCGGAGAUAUAGUGCCGUUUUGGUAUUGCGCGAACUCGCCAGAAACGCGCCAACAUUGAUGUAUCAGUACAUCCCGACCAUUUUCGACUGGAUCUGGAUCGGUCUACGAGACACUCGCAAGCUCAUUCGGACGACGUCGGCUGAAACCGUCAGCGCCUGUUUCCGCAUAAUUCGCGAGCGGGAUCAAGAAAUGCGACAAUUAUGGAUGGGCAAAAUAUUCGGCGAGGCGCGCGCGGGCCUGAAAGUUAACACCGUCGAGUCCAUUCACGCUUCGCUGCUUGUUUUGAAGGAGCUGCUCGAGCAAGGAGGCAUGUACAUGCAAGAGCAUUACCAAGAAGCCUGCGACAUUGUUUUCAAGCACAAGGACCACAGAGACCCGAGCAUCAGGAACACCGUCGUCCUGCUCAUACCCGACCUGGCGAGCUAUUCACCCGCCGACUUUGCGCACACAUGGCUGCACAAGUUCAUGGUUUAUUUGUCUGGCAUGUUGAAGAAGGACAAGGAGCGCAACGAUGCGUUCCUCGCCAUUGGCAACAUCGCCAACUCUGUUAAGAGCGCCAUUGCCCCGUACCUGGAUGGUGUUCUCAUUUAUGUGAGGGAAGGCCUCAGUGUCCAAUCUCGAAAGCGAGGCUCGGUAGAUCCUGUCUUCGACUGCAUCAGCCGCCUCGCAGUUGCUGUGGGCCAAACUCUGAGCAAAUACAUGGAGGCCCUUUUGGACCCCAUCUUUGCCUGCGACCUGACGCCGAAACUGACCCAAGCGUUGGUGGAUAUGGCAUUCUACAUACCUCCGGUGAAGCCGACAAUUCAGGAGCGACUGCUCGACAUGCUCAGCGUCGUCCUUUGCGGCGAGCCAUUUAAGCCACUUGGGGCACCACAGCCGAAUACGCUCACAUCGGUGCCAACGAUUGCCAAGGACGCCAAGGAUCCCCAGGCCUACGAGAAUCGGCGCUCAGAGGUCAAACUCGCCUUGAACACGCUCGGAAGCUUCGACUUUUCUGGACACAUCCUCAACGAAUUCGUACGAGAUGUCGCGAUUAAGUACGUCGAGGACGAGGACCCGGAGAUCAGAGAAGCAGCGGCCCUCACAUGCUGUCAGCUUUACGUCAGGGAUCCUAUCGUGAACCAGACGAGCUACCAUGCCCUGCAGGUCGUGGGCGAUGUCAUUGAGAAGCUGCUCACCGUUGGAGUCUCGGACCCUGAACCUUCCAUACGACGGACGGUUUUGGCAGCCCUGGACGAGCGAUUUGACCGGCAUCUAGCUAAGGCAGAGAACAUUCGCAUCUUGUUUUUUGCCCUCAACGACGAGAUCUUCGCCAUUCGUGAGGUAGCGAUCUCGAUCAUAGGCCGUCUUGCCCGGUACAACCCAGCAUAUGUCAUUCCGUCACUGCGAAAGACGCUCAUCCAGAUGCUUACGGAGCUGGAGUUCUCCGACGUCGCUCGCAACAAGGAGGAAAGCGCAAAGCUAUUGACGCUCCUGGUACAAAAUGCCCAGAACCUCAUCAAGCCAUACGUGGAGCCGAUGAUCUCGGUCCUGCUGCCAAAGGCCAGCGAUCCGCUACCCUCGGUUGCCGCAACGAUUCUGAAGGCGAUCGGAGAGCUCGCCACCGUUGGUGGCGAGGACAUGCUUCCUUACAAGGACCGGCUUAUGCCGCUCAUAUUGGAUGCUUUGCAGGAUCAGAGCUCGAACAUGAAACGUGAGGCCGCGCUCAAUGCCCUGGGACAGCUGGCAAGCAAUUCAGGAUACGUGAUCAAGCCAUAUCUCGAAUACCCGCAACUCCUUGAAAUUCUCCAAGGCAUAAUCCGCACUGAAGGGCAACGAGGGCCCCUUAGGCAAGAAACCAUCAAGCUGAUGGGUAUUCUGGGCGCGCUUGACCCGUACAAACAUCAGCAAGUCGAAGAGCAAACGCCAGAAUUGCAGAGGCGGGUCGAGUCCAACCAAAUGACCGACAUCUCUCUCAUGAUGACUGGGUUGACGCCCUCUAACAAAGAGUAUUUCCCAACGGUCGUCAUCAACGCUCUUCUGCAGAUUCUCAAGGAUCAUUCCUUGGCACAGCAUCACGCUGCAGUGAUAGAAGCCAUUAUGAAUAUCUUCAGAACGCUCGGCCUGGAAUGUGUAUCCUUCCUGGACCGCAUUGUUCCAGCAUUCCUGCUCGUCAUCCGGUCCUCGGCAUCUACGCGUCUCGAGUCUUAUUUCAACCAGCUAGCGACGCUUGUCAGCAUCGUGCGUCAGCAUAUCAGGAACUAUCUCCCAGAGAUCAUUGAAAUUCUCCAAGAGUACUGGCACAAGUCUACGUCUCUACAGACCACGAUUCUGUCUCUGGUGGAGGCCAUUUCACGCUCUCUGGAGGGUGAAUUCAAGAUCUACCUGGCUGGGAUACUGCCGCUCAUGCUUGGCGUGCUGCACAAGGACUCGUCAGCGAAGAGAACCCCUUCCGAGCGCGUGCUCCAUGCUUUUCUCGUCUUCGGCGCCAGCGCAGAAGAGUACAUGCAUCUUAUUAUACCCGUCAUUGUGCGCACUUUCGAGAAGCAAGGCCAGCCGACGUUCAUUCGAAAACAUGCCAUUGACGCCAUUGGCAAGAUUUCACGUCAAGUCAAUUUGAAUGACUAUGCCGCCAAAAUCAUCCAUCCACUCACACGAGUUCUGGAUAUCGGCGAGCCCGCACUCCGGGUUGCCGCUCUGGACACACUUUGCGCUCUGAUACAACAGCUCGGCAAAGACUACCUGCACUUCAUGGGUACUGUCAACAAAGUCAUCACCCAGCAUCAGAUUCAGCAUUCCAACUACGAACUGCUGGUCAGCAAGCUGCAGAAGGGAGAGGUGCUUCCACAGGACCUGAGCUCGGAGUCUCGGUUCGCGGAUCUUUUAGAUGACACGCCAUUGGCCGAUCUGGGGACGAAGAAGCUCGAGAUGAAUGCCAUCCACCUAAAAGCUGCAUGGGACACGCGCGGCAAGUCGACAAAAGAAGACUGGCAAGAAUGGCUGCGAAGAUUCAGCACCACCCUGUUGACAGAGUCGCCGAAUCAUGCACUCCGUGCGUGUGCAAGCUUGGCUAGCGUCUACCUCCCUCUGGCUAGGGAGCUGUUCAACUCUGCAUUUGUGUCAUGCUGGAGCGAGCUAUACGAGCAGUUCCAGGAAGAACUCAUCCAGAACAUUGAGAGUGCCAUCAAAUCAGAGAAUGUCCCGCCUGAUCUGCUCGGCUUGCUUCUCAAUCUUGCCGAGUUUAUGGAGCAUGAUGAUAAGGCCUUGCCCAUUGAUAUUCGGGUUCUUGGCCGCGAGGCGGCUCGUUGCCAUGCCUAUGCAAAGGCGUUGCACUAUAAGGAGCUCGAGUUUCUACAAGACCAGAGUAGUGGCGCAGUCGAAGCCCUCAUUGUCAUCAACAACCAGCUGCAGCAGUCUGAUGCUGCCAUUGGUAUCUUGCGCAAAGCGCAGCUAUACAAGGAGGGCAUCCAACUCCGGGAAACCUGGUUUGAGAAGCUCGAAAGAUGGGAGGAAGCGCUGUCAUUUUACAACACGCGUGAACGAGAGGUCCCUGAGGAUCAACCUGUGCCCAUCGAUAUCGUCAUGGGUAAGAUGCGCUGUCUACACGCAUUGGGUGAAUGGGAUGCACUCGCGAAUCUCACGAGCAGUACCUGGUCCAAUUCGGCUCCGGAAGUUCAGCGCAUGAUUGCACCCCUAGCAACGGCCGCUGCAUGGGGUCAAGGCAAAUGGGACUCGAUGGAUAACUACCUGUCAUCGCUCAAGCGGAAUUCCCCUGACCGCUCGUUCUUCGGAGCUAUCCUUGCGCUUCACAGAAAUCAGUUCCGUGAGGCAGUAGCUUGUAUCGAGCAAGCUCGUGAGGGCCUGGACACAGAGCUCAGUGCUCUCGUUAGCGAAUCGUACAAUCGCGCCUACCAAGUCGUGGUCCGCGUUCAGAUGUUGGCCGAACUCGAAGAACUCAUUGUUUACAAGCAGUGCGAUGAGAAGAAGCAGGCUACCAUGCGCAGGACAUGGGAAACGCGGCUUCAAGGCUGCCAGCGCAACGUGGAGGUCUGGCACCGCAUGCUUCGACUGAGAGCGUUGGUUAUUUCCCCUGCAGAAAACAUGCGAAUGUGGAUCAAGUUCGCCAACUUGUGUCGCAAGUCAGGCCGCAUGGGUCUUGCAGAAAAGUCUCUCAAGCAACUCAUCGGCUCUGAGGCUCCAUUGGAGAGCAUGAUCCCAUACUGGAGCGAGAGUAAGAAUGAGCGGUCCAAUUCGGCGCCGGCUCGAAGCCCUCCAGCACAAGUCAUUUAUGCCAUGCUCAAGUACGAGUGGGAAUUGGGUCAGCAGCCCAUCGGCCGGCGAGACGGCAUCGCAGAGCGGACGCUGUAUUGUUUGCAGCGGUUCACCAACGAUACAGCCCACCGCCUAGAUGUGGCCAAAGCGCAUCUUACUGCUCAGGCAGGCAGCGACAUCAAUAUUCCCACGGAGUAUGGUUUCCCCAACCAAAUGGAUCAGUCUGUCAUGAGCCCACAGACCCAGCGCGCAUUGUACGACCAAACCGUACUUCUAGCCAAAUGCUACCUCCGGCAGGGCGAGUGGCAAAUCGCCCUGGACAAGGAUAACUGGCAGUACACCAAGGUCCAAGAGAUCUUGACAUCGUACUCUCAAGCGACGAAAUACAACCCGCGCUGGUAUAAAGCCUGGCACGCAUGGGCCUUGGCCAACUUUGAAAUCGUUCAGACAUUGUCGGCAAGGAACGACGGCCAGCUCUCGCGCGCAGACCAGGCGAUGAUCAUCGAGCACGUUGUCCCGUCUAUCCAAGGCUUCUUCAAGUCAAUAGCAUUGUCCGCCGGAAGCUCUCUCCAAGACACUCUUCGGCUUCUGACGCUAUGGUUCACUCAUGGUGGGAGCUCGGAGGUUAACUCUGCGGUCAUGGAAGGCGUGGCCAAUGUCAGCAUCGACACUUGGCUGGAGGUCAUUCCACAGCUCAUUGCCCGCAUCAACCAGCCACAUAAGCGGGUUCAGCAGUCUGUGCAAAACUUGCUGGCUGAUGUGGGUAGGACACAUCCUCAAGCGCUGGUUUACCCCCUCACCGUGGCCAUGAAAUCUUGGCAAAACACGCGGCGGUCGAGGUCGGCGGCACAGAUCAUGGACAGCAUGCGCCAGCACAGCGCAAAUUUAGUCGCACAAGCUGAUACUGUGAGCCACGAGCUAAUCCGCGUAGCCGUGCUCUGGCAUGAGCUCUGGCAUGAGGGCUUGGAGGAGGCGUCGCGCCUCUACUUCGGCGACCACAACAUCGAAGGCAUGUUUGCAACGCUAGAGCCGCUCCAUGAUCUAUUGGAACGUGGUCCAGAGACACUGCGAGAAAUAUCCUUUGCUCAAGCUUUUGGUCGAGAUCUCAAAGAAGCGCAAGAAUGGUGCCACCAGUACGAAUCGACCAAGGACGUGAACGACCUGAACCAGGCUUGGGAUCUUUAUUACCAAGUCUUCCGACGCAUCUCUCGCCAGUUGCCUCAGGUGACGACCCUUGAGCUGACGUACUGCUCGCCGAAGCUGCUUGCUGCCAAGAACCUCGACCUCGCGGUGCCCGGUACCUACAAGAGCGGACAGCCUGUCGUCAGGAUCAUGUCGUUCGACUCAACCUUCAGCGUCAUCAACUCCAAACAAAGACCACGAAAGCUCAAUGCCAACGGAAGCGACGGCGUGUCGUACUCAUUCUUGCUAAAGGGCCACGAGGACAUCCGUCAGGAUGAGAGAGUGAUGCAGCUCUUCGGCCUGUGCAACACGCUGCUCGCAAAUGACUCUGAAUGCUACAAGCGCCAUCUCAAUAUUCAACGCUAUCCGGCAAUACCGCUAUCACAGAACUCUGGCCUUUUCGGCUGGGUGCCCAAUAGCGACACCCUGCACGUGUUGAUCCGGGAGUAUCGCGAGAGCCGCAAGAUCCUGCUCAACAUUGAGCAUCGCAUCAUGCUGCAGAUGGCGCCUGACUACGAUAACUUGACACUCAUGCAAAAGGUCGAGGUGUUCGGAUAUGCCCUCGAUAAUACUACUGGGCAGGAUCUGUACCGGGUCCUGUGGCUCAAGUCAAAGUCGUCAGAGGCAUGGCUCGAACGCCGAACCAACUACACUCGAUCUUUGGGCGUGAUGUCGAUGGUGGGAUAUAUCCUUGGCCUGGGUGACAGACACCCGUCCAACCUGAUGCUUGACCGGAUCACCGGCAAAAUCAUCCACAUCGACUUUGGUGACUGCUUCGAGGUGGCCAUGAAGCGCGAGAAGUAUCCCGAGCGCGUGCCGUUCCGCCUCACUCGCAUGUUGACCUACGCCAUGGAAGUCAGCAACAUCGAGGGCAGUUUCAGAAUCACGUGUGAACAUGUGAUGAGGGUGCUUCGAGAAAACAAGGAGAGCGUGAUGGCGGUCUUGGAAGCGUUCAUUCACGAUCCUCUUCUCACGUGGCGUCUGACCAGCGCUGCCUCACCGACCGGUCCCAACUUCCAGAGUGAGCGUGAAGUGGCCCUUGCCGGUCCAGCUGCAGCGCGUGCCCGACGACACUCCAUCUUGGACUCAGACGUGGCGCCGUCGGAGAUGCUCGCUAAUGGCGAGCCUUCUGGUCCGCCUGUGGCUCGCACGAGGGCGCGUACCAACAGCUCUGCGGCUCACGAAGGCAACAUGGUCAAUGGAGCGCAGGAAACCGAGAGCCAGAACGCCAGAGCCGUGGAAGUUCUCGACCGCGUGCAGCAGAAGUUAACUGGUCGCGACUUCAAGAGCGGCGAAGAGCUCGACGUCGAUAAACAGGUGAACAAGCUGAUUGUUGAAGCCACCAAGCUCGAGAACCUUUGCCAGCAUUACAUUGGCUGGUGCAGCUUCUGGUAAGCACUCAAGAGUAUCACCACUCCAGGUCGAUGCCAUCCUUCUGUUUCGGGGUGGGAGUUGUCACGCGUGGAUCACGGCCUUUCUGGUUAUUUUGAUAUCCAGCGAACGAUGAGCGGCGUUGAGGAGUAGCUUGAGGGGUUUGCUACGUGCUUUGGGUGCGUCCGGGAUGGCUGGGGCUGCAACGUCAUGGCUAGACAGCGUGCCUAUAUGUUUAUAAUUAUGAUAUCAUUCACCCAACUGCGAAC